AUGGGAAAAAGACGCUGCGUUCCUCCACUUGAGCCCAAGCUGGCAGCUGGCUGUUGUGGGGUAAAGAAGCCCAAAUUGUCUGGGAGUGGAACGCACAGUCAUGGGAAUCAGACCACAACUGCACCAGGCUCCAGUUCAGGUCCUCUUCAGAACCACCAGCAUACAGACGGGAAUAACGGAAGGGAGAAUGUAUCUGACUUGACUUUGGGUCCAGGAAAUUCCCCAAUUACUCGAAUGAAUCCCACUUCAGGAGCUCUGAGCCCACUUACUCGGCCCAAUGGAACUGCCAACAGCACCAAGAACCUGGUGGUGACAGCAGAGAUGUGCUGCUACUGCUUUGAUGUACUCUACUGUCAUCUCUAUGGUUUCCCUCAGCCACGACUUCCUCGAUUUACCAAUGACCCCUAUCCACUCUUUGUGACGUGGAAGACGGGGCGAGACAAGCGGCUUCGUGGCUGCAUUGGGACCUUUUCAGCCAUGAAUCUUCACUCAGGACUCAGGGAAUACACAUUAACCAGUGCACUUAAGGACAGCCGAUUUCCCCCCCUGACCCGCGAGGAGCUGCCCAAACUCUUCUGCUCUGUCUCCCUCCUCACUAACUUUGAGGAUGCCAGUGACUACCUGGACUGGGAGGUUGGGAUCCAUGGGAUCAGAAUAGAGUUCAUCAAUGAGAAAGGUGUCAAACGCACAGCCACGUAUUUACCUGAGGUUGCUAAGGAACAAGACUGGGAUCAGAUCCAGACUAUAGACUCCUUACUCAGGAAAGGUGGCUUUAAGGCUCCGAUCACCAAUGAUUUUAGGAAAACGAUUAAACUCACCAGGUACCGCAGUGAGAAGGUGACAAUCAGUUAUGCAGAGUACAUGGCUUCCCGUCAGCAUUGUUUCCAGAAUGGCACUCUUCAUGCCCCUCCCCUCUACAAUCAUUACUCCUGACACACGGCUGCAUGACCAGUCCCACUCCCCAGUUGCUGCCAAUGGCUACGACAUCAUUGGGGCAGAUGCCUCCUCUUCCUGGUCCAGUUACU